AUGGCUAGUACAACCGGAAUCCAAACAUAUCAAGUCCCGGAAGGCAUCGAUGCAAACGAUACAUUUGUUGUGAAGGCUCGCAUCGUGAAACAGGAUGGAGCAGCGGGAGUUUGGGCUCCCGUACCAGCAUACGCCGUUGAUGUAGCAGAUGUCAACAUCACUUGCAAUCAGUUCAAUAAGCAUCCCAUUGCUGUUGCAUCGCUAGACAUUGAACAGAGUCCUAUCGAGAUCAAAGCCCAGUAUAGAGGUGGAGAAGUGACUGUCGCCACUAUCCGACCUUUGUCUCUUGGAAUAAAGGCCACUAUCGAAAAGGACAACACCAUUACCUUCAGACUUGAUCACCCGCACGAUGUUAUGCUUGAGAUCAACAAUGACAAAUGGCAAGCAUUACACGUUCUCACUGAUGAUAUCGAUGUGAACGCACCAAAGGAGGAUUCUGAUAAUGUCUGGUAUUUCGGCCCAGGUGUUAACAACGGGUCAGCGUAUAAGAAAGUUGUCGAUGGAAACCUGAUGGUCCCCUCAGAUACAACCGUGUAUUUGGAUAGUGGAGCGUUUAUCACAGCCAAGUUGAACUUCAUCGAUGUCUCCAACUCCGGUGUUCGAGGCCAUGGGUUCAUAUACAAAGGUCCGAACGGCGGUGCCAUCCUUAUCGAGAGAUCAAAUAACAUCUUUGUCGAGAAAGUGACCUCCCUUGGAGCAACAGGCUUCAGUCUGACCACAGGAAAGGCAAAGGGGGUUCAUAUUGAUGGGUAUAGGUCUUUUUCAUCUCACGGGAACGGUGACGGUGUCGACUUUUUCUGCUCCCAGGACGUCCUUGUCGAGAACUGCUUCCUAAGGAACUCCGACGAUACCGUUGCAAUUUAUGGACAUCGCUGGGAUUACUAUGGCGAUACGAAGAACAUAACUGUCAGAAAUUGCACUCUCCUACCGGACAUUGCACAUCCUAUCCAUAUGGGCACACAUGGAAACCCAGCCAAGCCAGAAACCUUCACCAAUAUCCGCAUCAGCAACCUUGACAUCCUGGACCACUACGAGAAUCAGACAUGGUAUCAAGGAUGUGUAUCUAUCAAUGCAGGUGAUGAAAACCUGAUUGAGGAUGUACUGGUGGAAGAUGUUAGGGUCGAGAAGAUAUCCAAAGGGCAACUCGUCAACAUCCGGGUCAUGCAAAAUCCUAUGUGGACCACAGCGCCAGGCCGGGGAGUUCGGAAUGUCACAAUCAAAAACGUUACCCUCGACACAGACAACUCUGUAAUAGUAUAUCCUUCACAAAUACUUGGGUUCGAUGCAGAGAGAAAGGUCGAGCAUAUCACGUUCGAGAAUCUGAAAAUUGGCGGAGAAUAUGUGCACGAUGGCAUGCCGAAGCCCCGGUGGUACACGGUUGCGGACCUAGUACCUAUGUUCGUGAAUGAACACGCGAAGAAUAUUGCAUUUAAACUGUCAGAAGGCAUUUGA